AUGAGUUCUUCAUCCCCCAUGACACCGCUCGUCCUCUUCUCCUGCCUCCUCCUCUCCUCCAUCGCCACCGCCUUCAACAUCAACAACAUUCUCGGAAAGGACCCUGAGCUCAGCCAAUUCAGCCAGAUGCUCAACGAGACUGGCCUCGCCGAUGAGGUCAACAAGAGAGCCACCAUCACUGUCCUUGCCGUCAACAACGGCGCCAUGUCCUCCAUCUCCGGCAAGUCCCGCGACCUCAUCAAGCGCAUCCUCAUGACCCAUGUCGUCCUCGACUACUAUGAUAUUCCCAAGCUCCAAAAGAUGAAGGAUAAGACCGACAUCUUAACCACAUUAUACCAAUCCAGCGGAGUCGCCAUUAACCGUCAAGGGUUCUUGAAUGUCACCAACACCCAAAACGGAAUCAUGUUCGGGUCCGCCGUCAAAGACGCUCCUCUCGAAUCCAAGCUGGUCAAGUUGGUGGCGUCUCAGCCAUUCAACAUUUCCGUGUUGGAAAUCUCUAGUCCUAUACUUGCACCAGGCAUUGAUGGAAAAGACUCCUCGUCUCCACAGAUGGCACCAGGUCCCGCACCAGCACUACCACCGUUGUCACCAACGAAGUCCAAGGCACCAAAGAAGGCCCCGGCACCCAAGAAGGGAAAGUCAGGUGGAUCAUCAGAGGAAUCAGAGGCCCCUGAGGCCGACUCACCAACAAAAUCUGAUGAUACUCCUCCUGCCGCGGCACCAGACAAGUCAGACAGCGACAGUGCUGCUCCCAAGUCAGACAGCGACAGUGCUACACCAUCAGGAGACGCCCCAGCUCCAGCUUCAUCUGCCUCACGCGCCGUCCUGAGUGUUGGUGGUGUAAUGGGAUUUGUGUCAGCCUUGCUGGUUGCCUUUUAA